AACUAUAUUUAUUUAAAUAAGGGAGACAACAGUUUCGAAAUCCUCCUCGAUCCCAUCUUCUCACACAUACACAAACAUACAAACGCACACAUGUCUGUGUGUGUCUAAUGAAGAUCAGUUAACCCUUCUCUCAGUCACACACAAGAGCAUUCUUCUACACACUGGCCAUGCUCUCAGCGGAAGCUUUUUUCCCCCAAAUGGCCACGGGCAUGCCGGUGGAAAUGUCGUCACAGCACAGGAUGUCCGCUGCUGCUCCGCGCGGCGCCCGCCCGACCGUUCCCAUGGCCGAACAGCCGCAUGGUCGCUACGGACGCCGAGAUCCCUUGGGCUCCCCCGGCAGCAGCAGCAUCACAAAGACUCUGCAGCGACCGCCGUGUUGCAAAAGAUCGGCGGGGAGAUGCUUGCUUGAGAGGCAAGUGCGUCCGAGGGCGGCGGGCAGGCACUCGGACGGGGGAAUGUGGAGCAGCCCUCGUCUUUUCUACAAGCCAGCAUUUGUUGUUUCUGAGCUGUCCCACAGGAUGCACUCAAGAGAUACGCGAUGGCAGUGAAAUUUGUGAUAAUCCCCCGCAGUGUGUGACUACGAAAACCCAGCGCCAUCAAGGACACAGGUCUACAACCCGGCGGCGUAGGUGUCGCAACGGCUUUGACUCAAGGGUGUGAGGUGGCGGCCACGUUGCCAUUCACGUGGCGCCGGGGCGGAGGGUGACGCUGAAGGCAUGCACAAUUACGCCAUCUCUAGAUUUCUUUCGUC